AUGAUAAAGCAAGAGUUCACAGUGCCGUAUAAUCCGGAGCAGAAUGGCAUGGCGGAGCGGCUUAAUCGCACACUAGUCGAGAUGACGCGCUGUAUGCUGAGCGAAUCCAAGAUGGAUAAAACAUUCUGGUGUGAGGCGAUGCUGACCGCUGUGGAUAUUCUCAACGUUCUUCCACGAGCUUCAAGUCCGAACCUGAGCCCGUUCGAGAUGGUGUUCAAGCGCAAACCUUUUAUGGAUAUGAUGCGCGUAUUUGGAAGUCUUUGCUACGCGCAUAUUCCCAAACAAAAUCGAAACAAGUUGGAACCCUCCGGUCUGCGGUGUACGCUGCUCGGAUACGCCAGACAACACAUAGCGUAUCGACUUCUAAAUACAGCGACUGGAAAAGUGUUCGUUUCCCGGAGUGUGACUUUUGUGGAGACUGCCGUGGAACAGACACGCUACGAAGAUACGCCUAUUGUAAUUGACGUCCUUGGCGAUGGCGACGAUAUGCAGGAUCCAAGGGACCACGCAAUAAGCGAUGAGGGAACCUGCACGUCGGUACCAAGAAGUCCGAUUAUGACACCAAAUAGUACAGUACCAAUGGACAGACCAACUGGAGCAGUAACCACACGACAAUCAAGCACACCAGGACGAGACGGCGAACAAGAGUGGAAUGUGAGACCAGCACGCAAGAAGCAAGCAAUCAAGCGCUACGAGCAAGAGUUUUUUAAUCUACGGCGAGGAACCUUCAACCUUGACGACUAUGACGCUAGCUACGCGACGCAGUACUGUUUGAGCGCUGAAGAGGACGGUGAAAGCGCAUCGACAUACUCUCAAGUGUUGGAAAGCAAGUACAAGGACGACUGGAUACGUGCAAUGAAAAGUGAGAUUCAAGCUUUGACACAGCACGACACGUGGACGCUUCAAGAUUUACCCUCGGACAAAAGAUCAAUAGGGUGCAAGUGGGUAUUUCGCAUAAAGCGCAAACCUAACGGAGAAAUCGUGAAGUUCAAGGCACGACUCGUAGCGAAGGGAUUCUCCCAGCGUCCUGGUGUGAACUAUUUUGAGACGUUUGCUCCAGUAGCACGAAAAGAGUCAAUCUACGUUGCUAUAGCACAUGCGGCCGAGCAAGAUUUGAUAAUGGAGAACAUUGACGUUGACACCGCUUUCUUCUACGGCGAAGUCAAGGAAGAGAUCUACAUGGAUCAGCCGGAUGGAUUUGUUGACAAGCAACACCGUGACAAGAAGUGUCUGCUAAACAAAGCUUUGUACGGUACAAAGCAAGCGGCACGAGAAUGGAAUUUUCGUCUCAACGCACACCUUGAAAGCCAAGGGUUCACGCGUACGUCUGCCGAUCUCUGUGUCUAUGUGCGACAAUCAGAUACUCAAUUUAGUCUGGUGAUCAUUCACGUUGACGACUUGAUGCUCUUCGCUCGGACGCAAGAACAUAUCGAUGACAUCAAGCGUGCACUUAAGACCGAGUUCAGUAUCAAAGAGCUCGGCAAACUGAAGUAA